AUGACUGACGCCGGCGCGCCUGACGCGCCGCCCUGCGACGGCGGCGGCAGUUACUGCCGGUCUGCGGCCACCGCAGCGCAGCGCCGCGCGGAGCGGCGGAGGAACCUCGCCGUGUCGCCGCGAGUGCGGGAGAAGUUCCCCGUACUGGUGUUCAUCCACGGCGAGUCGUACGAAUGGAACUCGGGCAACCCGUACGACGGCACCACGCUCGCCAGCUUCGGCCGCAUCAUCGUCAUCACGCUCAACUUCCGGCUCGGCAUCCUCGGUUUCCUGCGCCCGGAGUUCGGUCCGGACUCAGCGAGCAACCUGGGGCUGCUGGACCAGAUAGCGGCGCUGCAGUGGAUCAAGGACAACAUCGCCGCCUUCGACGGCGACCCGACCAACGUGACGCUCAUGGGCCACGACACGGGCGCCGCCUGCGUCAACCUGCUGCUCGUCUCGCCCAUCACGGAGCAAGGGCUGUUCCAGCGCGCCAUCCUGAUGAGCGGCUCUGCGCUGUCCGACUGGGCGCUGACGGCGAACCCGCGGCCGGUGACGAUCCAGGUGGCGGACGCGCUCAACUGCCCCACGCAGAACGAGCUGCUGGCCUGCCUGCGCCGCCAGAGCCUCGAGGACCUGAUGGCCGUCCAGGUGAAGGCGGCGCCCUUCGUCUCGCCCUUCGCGCCCGUCGUCGACGGCACCUCCGUCCCCAACGACCCCGAGCAGAUCAUGGGCGUCUACCAUAGCCUCUUCAGCAGGUACGACCUGAUGUACGGCGUGACGCAGAUCGAGAGCUACCAGCUGUUCGGCAAAGAGGCGCUGGUGUACGGCAUCCUGGAAAAGGUGUGCCUUGAAACGCUGAAAGAUUACAUGCAGGCGAGGUUUCAGAUCCGGACGGAGCUGGCGGUGGGCGAGGCACAGGCGCUGUACAGCCGCGGCGACUGGGACGCGCCGCUGGACGCCGAGGACCACCGCGACGCGCUGCUGCACAUGCUGACCGACGCCCGCGUCGUGGCGCCCGUCGUGCGCACCGGCGACUACCACUCCAGGGUCAACGACCGCUCCUACUUCUACGUCUUCACCCACCGCACUGUCUACGGCGACUACUCCAACUCCAAGCCGCAAGGCAGCAUAAGCGGCGAGGAACUGGCGUACGUGUUCGGUGCGCCCGUGGAGGGGAGCCGCCACCAGCACCCGCACAUCUUCACGCCUUCCGAGAGGAUCCUCUCCGAGAACGUCAUGACGCUGUGGACCAACUUCGCCAAGACUGGGAAUCCAAACGAGCCACACCCUGUGACGAGCAACGAACCUGUAGUGUGGCCCAAGUACGACCGUGAAGGUCAAAGGUUUCUUCAGAUAGACGAUCGGCUGUCGGUGGGCAAGCAGUACCGGCGGCGUUACACGGACUUCUGGAACCGCGUGCUGCCCGAGAGGCUGAACAAGUCGUCGCGCGAGAGCUUCCCCAACACGAUGUCGCCGCACGGGCCGCGCACGCGGCCCUUCGACCCGCACUACAACUUCGAAAAGCCCUUCGGCGCCUCCUCCGGCAACAGAUGGGCGACGCCGCAGCCGCCUGGGGGCGGCGUGCCGUACGGCGAGCGUUCCAUCAACGACCGGCCGGACCACAGGGGCGCCAACGUCAGCGCCACCGACAAGCCGCACGCCGCAGCGUCGCCGGGCGCGCUCGCCGGCUCCUCGUCCGUGGCGCUCACCGUCGUCAUCCUGAUCGGCGUCUGCUUCCUGCUGGUCAACAUGUGCGCGUUCGCGGCGCUCUACUACCAGCGCGACAAACUGCGCGUCCAGCAGCAGCUGAUGCGCCAGCGCUACGAGGACGUCACGGCGCUCGCCACCUCCGACGAGGACGACGCCGGCGAGCGCUACGUCCACAAGAAGGCCGACGCAGCCAGGCCCGCCACCUCCGCCGCAGCUGCCGCCGUCGCCGCGCGCGUCGCCACCGUCGACCGUCGACUCCGCAGGAAGAAGGAGCUCAUUGGCGUGGACGACGACUACGAAGCCAUCCGCAGCGCCGGCCGCACGGUGGAAGGAGCAGUGGCCGUCGCGUCGCCAGAGGCCGCGCUGCCCGCGGAGGACCUGCCGCUGGCGGGGGCGGCCGGCGCGGGGGCGGUGGCGCGGCGCAGCGCCUGGGGGGCGGCGCGCCAGUACAGCGGCAGCACCAUGGACCCGCACACCAAGGUGCGCGAGUGGAUCGCGCAGGAGAUCGUCCAGCGCUACUCGCCGCGCUUCCUCCGGCGCGCCAAGAAGACCGAAUCGCACGCGCCGGUGCUGCAGUCGUCGCAGAGCAUCCAGACGUCCUUCGACCAGGUGUCAACGUCCACGGCGACGCCCAGGCAGCUCAAGCGGCAGCACGCCAUAGAGACGGCAGAGGUGGCUGUCUCAGCUACAGCCGCCGACGUGUCCGGGCACGGUUCCCACAGGUCCAGGCCGAAGAAAGUUUCCGUCGCCAUUGAUGCCACUCCGUCUGGAAGAGGCUCGAGCGUAGAGCACUCUAUGAGCAAAUCGAUGGACGAGCUCGGGACCUGCGUCUCUACGUCCAUGUUAACCCUAAAGAAACCCGCCCUCAAGCGGUCGCUGACCAUGGCGGAGGACCUAGCUGUGGCGUCCACUUCAAUUUCGCCGAGAAGCUCGUCUUCUGGAGAGCUGUUGAGCAGGAGCACUGCCAACAUCAGCCUGAAGUACACUCUUCCCAAUCAGCAGGCCCAAAAUCUCGAUGUCGUCAGAGUGGCACACGCUCAUUCCAGAUCAGAUCCAGCGGCCAGUUCUAAUCCACAUGUGCCGUCACAAUUGUCGGGCUCUAUGAAGAGUGGACACUCUCAGCCAGCAGAACUUCAUGCUGUAAACAUCUCCUUAGAUCCUCACACAUCGCCAUCGGUGAUCUACGUCCCUGGUGGAAAGAAGCAGCAAUUGCAGACGUUCCCAGCAGGAAUUCAGCUUAGGUCUAAGGCUCUGCCAAAGAAAGAUGUUGCAAUUACUGCAACGCCCAUUCCUGUGGACGUCAAUGUGACGUCCAGAGACGGCAAUGAAGAAGAAACAACCCAUGUGGGUGAUCCUCUGUCAAAUAUUCAGAAGAGAAAAUUUCCAAAAGUGCUGCCAGACUUCCCACAAGACGCUCCUGCCAACGAGGUCGAGACGAUGGCAGCCCAGGCGGCUAACUUCAAGAGGAGGUCGCUUCCACCCAAUUCCCUCUUCAUGGCGUUGCCAGUCUCAGAAGUACCUGGUUCUCAGUCAUCUUCUGUUGCCUCAUCAGCAGCUCCUUUCAAAGACAUUCCAGGAAAGUCGAGUCUCACCAAGGUGCCGCCACCUCCACCGCCAAGGAUAUCCUCGACUCUGGGCCGAAAGCCCGCCAACACGGCUCCCAUCACACCACUUCCCACCAUUCCAGCUGGAGCUGUACCGGUUCACACCAGUUCCGAAAAGAAGACUCAGGCAGCUGCGGAAGUGCCUGUAGCAGCUACAGCUUCUGCACCGUCGCAUUACCAAAGGAUCGAGCCGAGGGUCAUCAUCAAGCCGACCAUCACCAGUCCGCAGACGAAGAAGGCUCAGGCAGCCCGCGGUCUGCAGAGUAUACCCCGCGUGACACCUAGCGAUCCAGUGACGCAUCCGGCACCCGGACCGCCGUCGCCGCGCUCGCCGGUGCAGGUGGAUAAACAACCUCAGCUUAGGGCGGCUGAUCCGUAUGCGCUUCCUGUGGCCAGGCAGCUUCCGACAGUUGCCACUGUCCACCAAGCUCCGAGCAGUCAUCAACAGCCUCUACAGAGCCUUCCAGUUGUUCAAGAGGAGGUUAAUCACCCGCAGCAGCAGUCGGCUGUAGCUUUCGUCGCGCCCCAGCAGAAAGCCCAAGCGAAGCAGACAGCGGCGGGAAAACAGGCACCGUCCUCUCCGGGCAAAAAGCGCCUGCAGCCCGUUCUCAAAGUUGUUGCGGAGACGUCGACGGACCCGUUCGAGGACACCGACUCCAGUACCGGCACGGUAAAACGCGUGAAGCGUCCCGCAGCGAAAGCCGCCCAAGGACAGACUCAGACGCAGCGAAAACCAGCGACCGAGGCAGCGCAGCACGCGAGUCCGAAAUCGACGAAGAAGGCUGCGCAACAGACGAAGCAGCUGACCGCUGCGCAGCAGACGACGCAGCCGGCGGCACAGCAGGUGUCGCCGCAAACCAGACCGGCGGCGGCUACGGCCAGCGCCACGACGAGCACCUCGGAACUGAGUUCGCCCUUAACCGAGGGCCGUGCUCACCCGCCGAAGAAGUGGUACAAGCAGUACCAGCACUCUUUCGUUUCCAAAUCGGAGGACGACCAGAAGACAUAAUAUUCGCGCGAGCAGUAUUCGUAUUUCCAGAGAGCUUAUUAUGCUUUUGUACAAAACAAAAACUUUUUUGCUUAAUUUUUCUUUUGUAAUUUCACUUUUUUUUUUCAACGUCUCUGCGCUCCUACCUUGAGAGGCGCUGUUUCAGAGGCGUAUCGAGACACUUGGGCACGUCCUGUAUUCCGUCUGUUGUACAAAACUCGAAGUAUUAUUAUUACUACCUGUCCGUAUUGCUGAGAAGUUUAUUACAAGUUCCUUCCGCUGUAGACACUAACGUCGGUGAUGCUGCUUUUUUUUGUAUAUUGUUGUCAUUUGCGCAUCGGAGCUGAAGCAUGCGGCAGACAGAAACUGUCUCCCCACCUUUCCUUUACGCGCUGUUAACAGUAGAUUAGUAGUAACGUCUGACCACAUUAAGCACGUGUAAUCAUCUCCUCAAUUUUUCCAUAAGAUGUUGUAACAGCACAUUUAACUCUCGCAUGUAAGAGAAAGAACCCGAAUAAAAUAAAACUUUGAAUGUUAAGAGUAAAUACAGUUUAACACUUUUGUAUCGCUCUGUGUUUACCAUGAACGCAAAACAUUUACUACGCUGUGACCUUAGCAGAACUGAAUAUUGAUGCUUUCACUGAAAUAAAAUAUUUGUCACCCGUAACAUACCGCCCAAAUUUUGGUAUACGUUGAAGUCUACACCAAUUAUUAUGCAACAUACAGGUUGUAGCUAAAACCCCUACAGAGUUUGAGGUCAGGUUCCCUACAGCAAAAGAAGAAAAGAUAUCUAGUACCAUAAUCUAAAAUAUCUAGUACCAUGAGAGCUCUAAGCACUUCUUCGUCUUUGAUACUGUGAAACAACUCUCCUGCUGAAAGCUCUUUGCUUUCCAUAUUACGGGAGGGACCAAUACGAGAAAAAAAGUGUACAAAUAUGGCCUGUAAAAUGCGUACCUCAGGAGAUACGCGCACUUGACAUAAAAGUUUUCUUAGUAUCGUACCGCGUCAUAAUGCAAAAAAAAGAAAAAGAAAAAAACUAUGCUGGAGAAACCAAUGUUUCAGUCACUGCUACAUUUACCUUCUUACGAGUCUACUGAUGUUUUUUAUCUGUGUGGAAUCUCUUAUAUUUAGCCAUUGUUGUUGACUGCGCAUAACGUUACGUCAUAAUUUUGAAAGGUCGUUGUUGUGAUUGGUCACUUGAGGCGGACGGAGCGGAAACUUUAUUUAAAUAGGUUGCUACGGUGCUGGAAGUGGGAAUCUGCAUUUGUCUAUCGCUUCUUGCAUUGUUUGCUACGAUUGGUGCUCAUCGGUAAAUGAGGUGUGCGCUCCUGUUUUCCACCUGCUGGAUGCAGGCCGCGUGGCUGCGGCCACUCGCCUGUAGGGCUCGCGUCACUUGUUGAUCGAGCUGUCUGUUCGAAUCUGAGGAUUGGCAGCCAGGAUGGGGCAAGCCUGUAUCCAGCCUCUCUGCUCUUCUUCUUAUGAGGUUUUAUUAUUUCUGUGGCUUCUCUGCUGUUGCGUUUCGAAAAGAUCUACUACCUAGCCAGUAUGGGGGUUUCUUGCCGCAGUUUAUGGUUUAUGGUAUUUGGCCACUGCAGACAUGCUGUGCUGUCCCAGACGAAUGUAGUGCUCAUGUUUCCGUACGCGCGUUGCCAUGGCCUGCCAGUGUCACCGAUGUGUACUUCUCCACACUGAACUUCUAUACACCGACAUUCCACCUAGUACGCACCUGCAGUGUGUAAAGUUUCUGUCUUGUCCUUCGUGGAGCCUAGCAUAUUCUGGACCUUAGAAUUGCUGUUGUAGACAGGCUGGACGCCAACCCCUAGAACAAUUUUACCAAUGCAGUCAGUGACAUUUUUCACGUAAGGUAAGCACGCUGCUGGCUGCAGUUUGUUGGUUUCUUACCUAUCUCACUUUCUUUUGUUUGUUGCCAUGGCUAUUUGGAUCAAUUUAUGGUUGUAGCCACUGACCACGAACGUUGUACACUGAUUUUUAAGCUCUUGUGUUAGGUUUCGAGCACCGCUUAGACGCUGCGCAUGGACGGCCAACGGGGGGAUACCUGAGUUGUUCUGCAUUGGGUGGUGGUUUGAUUGGGUGUGCUAAUACCUGUCCAUAAGUGUAGGCCUCCUGUAUACUCUGUGUCCCACUGUGACGCCCGUCGCAGAAAAGUUCGUUUCUCUAGAAAUACUCGACAAACUUUUUAUUUCAACUGAUUCUGACCGAGGAAUCCUACGCUAUUACACCUAAGAGCACUUGUUCAGUUGCAGAGAUAUGUUUCACUGCAUCAGGAACAGGAAGUGCUCAUGAUAGCUCUUAAAGUGAACUUUCAGACCCCAUGUUUAUUAGACUUCUUAUUCUUGGUUUGGUCCAUGGUACCAUCUUCCCAAAAUGUGAGAAGCAAAGAGCUUGCAGUAGAAGAGAUGUGUGUCAAUGCAUAGAAGAUGAACAAGUGAACGUAAGUCUAGAGGUAUGCUUUUUAGAACCCAAGAUUACUAGCCUCUUUUCCUUCAUUUGGUGUAAGAAACCUGUCCUCAAAGUAUGUAAAGGGAAUUUAUUUACACCCUGCAUUUUGGAGUGAAAUACGUUUUCACAACGCUAAGCAGCAGUUUUGAUGCAAUAUAAAUGGGAACUUAAUAUGUCUCGUAGUAUUAUCCUGAAGAAGUGUUAAAAACUGAUUCAUUCAUCGGGAUAAAUGUACAUUUGUUUGCUUGCGUUCAGAUGUGCAACGGGUUUCGUUCUGAAGGGGGAACAGGCUUCAUAAACAUACAUCAUAUUCACAAUGGUUUCAUAAUUCCUGUUGCUGGGGUCUUGAAGCUGUAGAGAAGACUUAGUAGAUAAAGUUUUGGUAAGGGAACAAUAACCGGAAUUGUACCUUUUGGAUAUGAAAGUAGUUUGUAGAUAAAAUCUCUUUGCAAUCUUCUGGUUCCCAGCACGCACACAGUGGAGACAAUGAUCUCUCAGCCGCAUACUCUGCAGGAAACCAUGGCGUAGACAGUGUUUCGAGUAUCAGUCCCAUGGUUCUCGUCUUCAUCACGAAGCACGUCCUUUUUGAAGUCGAGAGUGUGGCGGACCAGUUUCUCGCAGGCGUUGUUGUAGUCGGACGAAAGUAGUGUAGUUACAAGAGGCACUGAAGACGGAAUCCUCUUUUCCAAUUAUGUGCAUACCGUGAAACGGGACAUUUGAAAGAGUUUCGAUUCUCAAACUCGCUUUAGACCUAAACGGUACAUUUCCGAACGUGGCUCCCUUGCCAAAAUUCUAUCUACUAAGGCCCCUCCACAACACCUAGAAGUCUGAAACAGGAGUUAUCAAACAAAUGAGGAAGAAUCCCCACAAACAUUAAUCUAAUGUAGAAGAUCAAGGAGCUGCCAUAGGCAAUGGUCUAGAGUUACAAAAAAAAAAAAAAAAAAUAUCUCCACUCCGAAUCCACUGAGAGGAGAGGAAAAUAACGUC